AUGCCUCUGCCGAUUCGCUCCUCGAUAUGCUUUUUGUGUCAGACUAAGGCCAGCCUGAUGGCGCCGUCUAUCCUGCCAGUGUCGGGACAGACCACGCGCGGCAUGGCCACGGCCCGAUUGCGUCGCAAGGCCUCUCGCAUGGCCCUUUCACCCGAUGUAUCCAAGCAGUCAUUGCCACCAUCCACCAAACCCCGAAGGGAACGCGCUGGCCCCUUCGCUUCGAUGAACCAAACGCAGGCACGAUUUAGAGAGAAUGAACGACCGCGCUCGCAAGCAGCCCUCAAGCGCUCGGGCGAGGACGGCAAGGCGGAAAAGAAGAAAGAGAGCCCCCUAUACAAGGCCUUGAAGAUGCAGGAAACCCUAACGCCUAUACCCUACGGCCGACGUUCCUCUAUUAAAACUCGGCUCGCCAACAUCACGAGCUUCGAUCACUUCCCCUUGCUCCCCGCUGUGCGACAGUCAAUCUUCCUACAGGCUCUUCCGGGUUUAAGCGACGUCACCCCAACACCCAUUCAAAGACUUGCCAUCCCCGAGCUCUUGCAGGAGGAAUCCAAGAAGAAGAAGAAAGUGAAGAAGGCAGGCGAAGAGGAUUCGGAAUACAAUUUUGAUCAAUACCUUUUGGCAGCAGAGACCGGCUCUGGCAAGACAUUGGCAUAUUUGCUUCCAGUCGUUGAUGCUGUCAAGCGUGCGGAAGCAAUCGAAGCCGAAGAGAACAAAAUCAUCGAGGAACACAAGGCACAUGAGCGGGAAGAAAGAGCAAAGAAGGCGUUCAGCCUGGAGCCGGAGGAACCGCCGAUGACCAACGCUGCUCGCCCUCGUGCCAUCAUUCUUGUUCCAACUUCGGAAUUGGUAUCCCAAGUAGGCGCGAAGCUGAAAGAACUGGCUCACACAGUCAAGUACCGUUCCGGCGAAAUCGCUUCAACUUUCACCCCUCGUCGGAUCCAGAACACUCUCUUCAACCCAGCCGGUAUCGACAUUCUCGUCUCAACACCUCAUCUUCUCGGCUCUGUCGCCAAGACCAACCCCAACAUCCUCAGCCGAGUCACUCACCUCGUCCUCGACGAAGCCGAUUCCCUGAUGGACAGAUCUUUCAUCCCCACGACCACCGAAAUCAUCGCCAAGGUCAACCCGUCCUUGAAGAAGCUGAUCCUCUGCUCCGCUACUAUCCCCCGCAGUCUUGAUAACCAGCUUCGUAAGCGCUUCCCCGACAUUCAGCGAUUGACGACACCAAACUUGCACGCCAUCCCUCGUCGUGUCCAGCUUGGUGUUGUGGAUAUUGAGAAGGAGCCGUACCGUGGAAACCGAGACCUGGCCUGCGCCGAUGUUAUCUGGUCUAUCGGUAAGGCCGGUGACAGAUAUGAAGCCAGUGAGACUUGGGGACCCCUCAAUGCCUACAUGGAACAAAAGACCAAGAAGAUUAUUGUUUUCGUGAACGAGCGCGAGGAAGCAGAGGAGGUAACCAAGUUCCUUCAGUCCAAGGGCAUUGACGCGCUUUCACUGUCGCGUGACACCGAUUCCCGAAAGCAGCAGGAAACCCUGAACCAGUUCACAGAGGUCAAGCUUCCUCCCACGGCAGAGGAGAUCAUGCUCAACAAGAAGAAGAAACGUGCUGGUGGCAGCAUCCCAUUCGAAGCGCCUGAUCGUGCCCCGGAGGCACCUUCUCGCCGUCUCGCAGACACCAAGGUUCUUGUCACCACAGAUAUCGCCUCGCGCGGUAUCGACACACUCGCCGUGAAAACGGUGAUUCUGUACCAGGUUCCCCACACCACCAUCGACUUCAUCCAUCGUCUUGGUCGUCUUGGCCGCAUGGGCAAGCGUGGCCGUGGUGUUGUCCUGGUGGGCAAGAAAGAUCGCAAGGAUAUCGUUCGCGAGGUUCGCGAAGGAAUGUUCCGUGGCCAGGCUCUGAUCUAA